AUGGCGUCUUUUUCGGCGGGCUACGCCGCGUUGAGUCUGAGCGUUUUGCUGCUGCUGUUUUUUGGUCUGUCUUCGCUGCCGGCGUUUUCGCCGACGUGGUGGCUGCCUGCUGCUGCGGGGGACCGCGCAGCAGCAGCAGCAGCAGCAGCAGCAGCAGCAGCAGCAGAACCCGGGCGCGUGUCCGUGGCCUACAGCAAAACUUGGCCCGAAAGAAACCCCACAGAAACUUAUGACUUUUACUCUCGAGUUUCUUUAUGCCGGUCUUUUCCUUUGACUUAUUUUUCUUUGUCUUUGGGAGAAGCUUUGCGGGGGCAGCGCUUAGUUGCUGCUCCUUAUCAUCUCAAGAUCCCCAGCAGCAGCGAGUUUGCUGCUGCUGCUGCUGCUGCUGCUGCUGCUGCUGCUGCUGCUGCUGCAGCGGCGCCUCCUGCUCCGCCGCCCCCUUCCGCUGCGCUGGCGGCGCCCGAAACCGGCACGGACGCCCGCAGCGCCGACAGCAGCAGCAGCAGCAGCAGCAGCAGCAGCAGCAACAGCAGCAGCAGCAGCAGCAGCAGCAACGGGGAGCCGCUGUCGACUCCUGCGCUGCAAAAUGAGGAGCCGCCUGGGGCUCUUUCCCCGCAGCAGCAGCAGCAGCAGCAGCAGCAGGAGCCUGACAGCGCAGCAGCAGAAGCAGCAGAAGCAGCAGCAGCAGCAGCAGCAAUUCGACAGGGCCCGUUUGAACUGUGCCGCAUGCAGCUAACAGAAGCAGCACUUGAGGACUUGAGAGUUUUAAUUGAUAAUAACUUUUUGGUGGAAAUGUAUGCAGAUGGAAUUCCCCUGUUGUACCCCGUGGGCCUCCGAGGCUACGAGACUGUGCAGCAGCAGCAGCAGCAGCAGCAGCAGCCGCAGCAGCAGCAGCAGCAGCAGCAGCCGCAGCAGCAGCAGCAGCAGCAGCAGCAGCAGCAGCAGGAGGUGGACUCGUUGUCUCUGCCGCAGCUGCGCGUGACUCACAAACUUACAACAAAUCUGCAUUUCAUUUUUGCUGUUAAUGAAGCUGCUGUUGUUGCUGCUGCUGCUGCUCCGGGCUUUUCCCCAGAUGGCUCUGUCCCGCCUUACACAGACAUCACUGACUCCCUCGAGACAGGGACUCGCGAGCUGGUGUUUACGUACAGCGCAGAAUGGCACAACCGGCCUGACAUUCCGACUCACCUUCGGCUGUACGGACAGCUGGCCUCUCCGUUCUUUUCGGGUGCAGCAGCAGCAGCAGCAGCAGCAGCAGCAGCAGCAGCAGCAGGACGCCGCAGAAAUGAAGUCGACGUCCACUGGCUAGCCCUCGCCAACUCUUUUCUUUUUGUUGUUGUUGCUUUGUGUCUCCUCAUGUUUAUUCUCAUUCGCAUGCUGCGCGCGGAUUUCGCCAGGAUGCUGCUGCCGCAGGACGAGGAAAUGGCGAGCAUUGCUGCAGAGGAGACAGUUGUUUGCGGGUUCGUGAGUGUUAACUUGUACACGAAGCUGGGAGGAAACCGCUGGGCCUGGAACAUCGUCUCCGCCUGCGCCAUCUUCAUGGCCUAA